AUACUUUUAGUGGAGCAAACAGUGCUGCGCAUUGCCACAGCCCCUACGUCGCCUGGCUGCUCUCCCCAGUCUCCACCAACAAUUUGGAGCGCUGUGGAUUGUGGGAAAUUGUUCUGCUUGGUCUGGUUUUGUACAGUAGGCUAGACCAGGCAGCCGAGCCCGGAGAUAGGAGACAUAUUGCCCAGCUCUGUCCUAUCUUGAGACUCGUGGGGGCAACAUGUCGAGCCGGGGGGGUAAGAAGAAGACGACGAAGACGUCGCGCUCCACCAAGGCAGGGGUCAUCUUCCCUGUGGGCCGCAUGCUGCGCUACAUCAAGAGGAGUCUCCCAAAGUACCGCAUCGGAGUCGGAGCGCCGGUCUACCUGGCCGCAGUGCUUGAGUACCUCACAGCUGAGAUUCUUGAGCUAGCAGGAAAUGCUGCACGGGACAACAAAAAGGGGCGUGUCACUCCACGGCACAUUCUUCUGGCCAUCGCCAACGACGAGGAGCUCAAUCAGCUCCUGAAAGGCGUUACCAUAGCAGCGGGCGGGGUAUUGCCCAACAUCCACCCAGAGCUGCUGGCCAAGAAGCGGGGGUCAAAGGGCAAGCUGGAGGCCGUCAUCACCCCUCCGCCCACCAAGAAGUCCAAGAUGUCCGCCAAGAAAGCAGCUGCCAAGAGGAUGGCUGGGAAGAAGGGCACGCUCAGAUCCAAGAGGCAGGCUGCGGUGAGUAAGGCAGCCAGUGCAGACAGCACCACAGAGGGAUCAACAGCCGGCAGCUUCACCGUCCUCUCCACUAAGAGCCUCUUCCUGGGACAGAAGCUGAACCUCAUUCACAGUGAGCUCAGUAACUUGGCUGGCUUUGACGUGGAGGGGGUCAUCAACCCCACCAGUGCUGACAUUGAGCUUAAAGAUGACCUAGGAAACGCUCUGGAACAGAAGGGUGGUAAGGAGCUGUCUGAGGCGUGUGCUGAGCUCCGCAAGAAGAACGGCCCCCUGGAUGUGGCCGGAGCGGUGCUGACGGCAGGCUUCGGUCUCCCCGCUAAGUUUGUGAUCCACUGCAACAGUCCGUCCUGGGGCUCCGACCGCUGUGAGGAGCUGCUGGACAAGACGGUCAAGAACUGCCUGGCGCUCGCCGACGAGAAGAAACUCAAGUCCAUCGCCUUCCCCUCCAUCGGCAGCGGCAGGAACGGCUUUCCCAAACAGACAGCGGCACAGCUCAUCCUGAAAGCCAUCUCCAGCUACUUUGUGUCUACCAUGUCCUCCUCCAUCAAGACGGUCUACUUCGUGCUGUUCGACAGCGAGAGCAUAGGCACCUACGUGCAGGAGAUGGCCAAGCUUGAGGGAAACUAAGGCCGUUUUAUAUGUUUUUUGUUUAUUUGUUUUGCAAUUUUAUGAAUUAUAUAAAUACUGUAAUAAUUUAAAUGACAAAUAUAAAAUGGUUUAUUGAAGUUUUGCUAAACAGAAUUUAUUGAGAAGCAGCCAUUGGCAGAAGGUCUGGUUUUGUUGUUUUCCCCCAAAACAUUUCUCAUUGCUGUUGGUCCUGGCAUAUGGUAUGCUAGUGUGGGUACCUGCAUAUGGUAUGCUAGUGUGGGUACCUGCAUAUGGUAUGCUAGUGUGGGUACCUGCAUAUGGUAUGCUAGUGUGGGUACCUGCAUAUGGUAUGCUAGUGUGGGUACCUGCAUAUGGUAUGCUAGUGUGGGUACCUGGCAUAUGGUAUGCUAGUGUGGGUACCUGCAUAUGGUAUGCUAGUGUGGGUACCUGGCAUAUGUGGGUACCUGCAUAUGGUAUGCUAGUGUGGGUACCUGCAUAUGUGGGUACCUGCAUAUGGUAUGCUAGUGUGGGUACCUGCAUAUGGUAUGCUAGUGUGGGUACCUGCAUAUGGUAUGCUAGUGUGGGUACCUGCAUAUGUGGGUACCUGCACAUGGUAUGCUAGUGUGGGUACCUGCAUAUGGUAUGCUAGUGUGGGUACCUGCAUAUGGUAUGCUAGUGUGGGUACCUGCAUAUGGUAUGCUAGUGUGGGUACCUGCAUAUGGUAUGCUAGAGUGGGUACCUGCAUAUGGUAUGCUAGUGUGGGUACCUGCAUAUGGUAUGCUAGUGUGGGUACCUGCAUAUGGUAUGCUAGUGUGGGUACCUGGCAUAUGGUAUGCUAGUGUGGGUACCUGCAUAUGUGGGUACCUGCAUAUGGUAUGCUAGUGUGGGUACCUGCAUAUGGUAUGCUAGUGUGGGUACCUGGCAUAUGUGGGUACCUGCAUAUGUGGGUACCUGCAUAUGGUAUGCUAGUGUGGGUACCUGCAUGGGUUACCAGAUCUGCAUGAUACGUCAUAAUAGAUGAUGUGUCGCCACCUCAUUCGUCCAAAGUCGAGAGUAGAAUUCGGCUGGGUUAGAUGCGUAGCUGCUCAAGCGAUGCCUGAAAUAAACAUUUUAAUAUUUAGUGGACCCUUUCACAGCAACAGUGUCACAGUGUCCAGGUGUCCGGCCUCAUUGAUGUUAAUGAUACCUUAAUUGGCAGGGUAAACGUCUUCCUGUUUCUGUCUUUCCUGUGGACUUUUCUUUUGCUGUCUAUGGGACAGUGCUCGUCCACAGGAAGUUGAUUUACACAGCGGCCCCAUCUUGUGAAAUGGGCUAAUCGGCUGGUUUGUGUGACGUCACCUACGGUGGCAAACAACUCUGUCUGAUUAACCCUGCUGUAAUCGCGGGAAAAUAGGCUAACUUUAGGCAGAUCAGGUACCCACACUAGCACUGUUGGUCCUAACGUAUGGUAUGCUAGCACUGUUGGUCCUAACGUAUGGUAUGCUAGCGCUGUUGGUCCUGGAGUAUGGUGUACUAGCACUGUUGGUCCUGGCGUAUGGUAUGCUAGCACUGUUGGUCCUAACAUACGGUAUGCUUGCACUGUUGGUCCUAACGUACGCUAGUACUGUUGGUCCUGGCGUAUGGUAUGCUAGCACUCUUGGUCCUGGCGUAUGGUAUGCUAGCACUGUUGGUCCUAACGUAUGGUGUACUAGCACUCUCUCAGAGCUGGCCGGAGUCCUGGCUGUGGAAAUGUCCAACUGAAUGUGGUGAAGGGUUGGUGCAAUGUUGUGAUGCACACUGAAGACAUGGCAUCAUUCUUUGUGUUUGCGGUCUCUGAAGCAGUCAUUGUGUCUUAUUUUGUAAAGUUGUUGCCAUAUACUACUGUAUAAUUAACCUUAUUCAUUCUUUAUGAGGUGGAGGAAAUGGCAUAAUGGAGACUGUAUUUCAGAUGGUUAGUAAAGUGCUUGGUUGUGACAAA